AUGAGCUAUGCGACAAGCCUUCUAGCUGCGUAUCCAGCAUCAUAUGAUACAUCAACAUUACUUAGUGAUAAUCUUGUUAGUCGCUCAUCAUAUGAUAAUCUUUAUCAACCAUCAGUAGUACCCUAUGGAAGUACAGAUCGAUUAUUAAGUGAUGAUUUAGCAUUUAAUCCAAUCACUCAUGAUAUAUCAACAUAUCGUCCACCGUUAUAUUCACUUUCAAAUUCUACAUCUGUUUUUCCUACAACAAAAUAUCAAAAUUCAACAUUAAACAAUUUUCAUAGACCUCUUCCACCAAAUGAUUCACUUGCUUCAUUAAAUGAUAUAACUGAAUAUUCUGAAAGUCUUGUAACAGCAUCAAAUACAAAUACAGCAUCAAGUGUAGCUCGUUCAAUAAAUGAUAAUAAUAUGAGUGGUCCAAUGAAUAUUUUAGCACAUCAGCAACAAAAUUAUAAUCAAACGUUAAAUGUUGUUGAUAGUAAUCAACAAUCUAAAUCGAUUUGGAGUUCAACACAAACAAAAAAGAAAGGACAAUCAGAUGAAAUGAAAAAAAAGUCAACACUUAAAAAUCCAACACAAACAACAACAGUACGAACACAACCUUCAACAGGUGCACAUAAAGAUUCUUCAAACGAUAAAUUAAAUGAUGAUAUAACACCAGUUCAAUCACCAUUAGCAUUGACAAAACAACAAAAUCAUCUUCAACGAAAUGCAACUAUUGCAGAAAUAGGAAAACAACCACCAUCAAUCGAUAUUCAAGCAUGGGUAAAUGACACAAAAAAAGCAUCACCUAUUGAUGCCAAAGUAGCUGAACAAACAUGGUCAGUUAAAAUUGGUCAAUUACAUAUGGUUCAAGCUCAACAUGAAAAAGAUAAAGCAAAAUCUUCACGUGCACUACCUCAUGCACCAAAAAAAGUUGAUAAUAAACCAUUUGCUAGUAAAACGAAACCAGUAACUGAUACUAAGCCUCAUGAACCAACAUAUGAAACAACUCAACAUGAUUCAUAUUUUGAUACACUUUUUGAUGGAGAUUUUUUUCGAAAACCUUCAACAAAUAAUUAUUCUAUAAGUUCAUCAUUUCAUCAUUCAAAACCAACAAAAAGUAAAUUAACCAGUUCAUUAAAUAAUCUAAAUUCAAAACCUAUUUCACAACGAAAAACAACUCGAUAUGAACCACCAACACCUAAACGUCCACCACCAACAAUAACAACAACAUCAUGGAGAAAACAAUAUUCUAAACAAUAUCAUUAUGAUUCAAUAUAUCCAUAUUAUUUAUAUAAUGAAUUUACUCAUCGUGAUUUUGUUCACAAAGAUACUGAUGAACGUUUUCGUGAAGCUCUUCAAAAACUGCGUGCAGAUCGUGCUGAACAACAACAACAAAAUAUUAAUGAAAAAACUGCAAAACGUUUACAUUAUGGUGAUUAUGUUCGACAUUCAACAAAAGAUGCAUUACUUCAAAAUGCUGUUAGACCAUCUCCAUGGUCUGAUUUCAUGGAUCUUAAAAAAGGAAAUCUUUAUUCACUUUCAAGAGAAGAAAAAAAACAACUUUAUGAUCAAUCAAAAUCAUAUGGUGAACGAGUUCGAUAUAGAAAUUUUGCUCUGAAUUAUGGUCCUGAAACAAGUCGAUCAUAUCAUUAUUCUGCACCAUUGACAGAUGAUAGUCAGGAAUCUGAAUCCGGUAAUGAAACACCGCGUCAACGAAUGAAUAAUAGUGAUUCGAAAUCUCUUAGUCGUACAUCAAAACGACCUGGUUCAGGAUCAACAGCAAAUAAAACAUAUCCAAAACAAACAGGUAUUCGUGGUGGUAAUCGAUCAAUACCAAAUCAAACAAGUCGUACAACAAUGCGUACUGAUCGAUCAAAUAUCAAUCGUCAAUCCGAAAAUGAUGAUGACGACAUAUCAAAUCAUGAUACAAAUCAUAAAUAUAAACAACAAUCAAAGAAAAAAAAUGUACGUUAUGCAAAACUUGAUUCCAAUGGACGAACAACAAAUAAUGAAGAUGACAAUGACAAUGAAUUUAAUAAUCAUAGUCAACGAACUUUACGUGCAAAAAAUCGUGAUAUUGAUGAUGACUUAUUUACUGUACGUGAAGAAAAAACACUUGAAGCAUUUGAAGGUUCGCGAUAUAAAAACCGAUAG